AGUUUUUAGUUGUGUUUAUUUACUUAAUCUUCCAAUUUUCUAUAUAUAUACAUGUAUGUAUCACUAUUAUUAAACUCAAAUUUAAGUGCAUAAAUUAUUUAAAUGAUAAAAAAAAUAGAAAAUUAUGAUAUUUUUUGAUGAAAUUAAAAUCCCAUUCAGACAUAAAGUAUUUAUUUUUAAUUAUGUAACAUUAUUAAUUUUAAGUUUCUUCAUACUUUAUUUUCAGUAAUAUAAGAUUCAUUAAGAUACAUUUAACACGUCGAAUGAUCAAUUUAAAUUUUCAGUUGAAAUAGUAAUUCAAAUAUAUCAUUUGAACAUGUUUUGCUAUAAUAUAAGUUUAGUGUUUACAUUUCAUUAUCACCUUAAAAUGCCUUUAAACUGUCCUUAGUGUAUUUAGAAUAUUACAGAAAGUAGUAUCUUUUGCAUGCUUUUAUUAAUAAAGUUUUACUAUAUAAUUGCAUAUUCAAUUAAAAUUGAAAAAUGUUUAAGAAAAAGAAAACACAAGAUGAUAAUAAUGCGACAUAUUUUAUUGGAGGUACUGCAGUAGGAAUGGCUGCUGGCCUGUUACUUGGAAAAGUACUUUCAAGAACAUCAAUUGUAAGAACUCAAAAUUUUGAACUUGAAGCUCCUGUCAAAAAAAGUACAAAUAAGGAUAAUAAAGAACAGUCUAAAGAAGAUCCAACACCCACAACUUCUUUUGAGGCAAUGAAUAGUGAUUUCGAGAAUAAUAUUAAUGAUUUAGCUGUACAGAAAAAGUACAACAAAAAUCUACAAAAAGUACUUUACAAUAAUAACAAUCGCAUGUUACAUAAUAUAAGUGUGGAAGAUAAUAUUGGAUAUAACUUAUCUAGCAAAAUCUACUUAGAAGAUUGUAAAAAAGAAAAGAAAGAUAUCAUCUGGCAAUUUUCUGAAUCUAGUAGCGUAAAAAGAGAACCAUUCUAUGUUGAUGAACUAGAAUGUAAUGCAGAAUAUGAUACAAGAGAUAAAGAUUAUUCAGAAACAACAAAUACUAAAAAUUCUAGUAAUUCAAAUAAAAAAAAUACAUUGAGGCAAGUAACCGUUCAUAAAAAUAUAGAAUUAUCAGAAACAUUUAAUAACUUGUCUAAUGAUUUUUAUAAUAAUAAUAAUAAUACUAUUUACGAAAAUCUACCAAACAUAAAACCUUCUAUGAUUAAUCUGAAUAUAUUACCAAGUUAUUUAGUAAAUGCUAGUAGUAUGGCCACAUGUAAUGAUACAUUUUUACAGUUUGAAGAUGAAGAAGAUGAUAAAAUUGUUAGUUACAAAUCCUUUGAUGAAUUUAAUGAAAUUGAUGUACACUCGUCUACGAAACAAAAUUAUUUAGAAAAUUAAAUAAAUAAUUACUACUAUAAAAUUAAGAAUUUAUAUAAACAUAGAUAUUAUUA